AUGGACUGUGCCCGCCUCUGGCUAGGGCUGCUGAUGCCUGCGGCAGCUGCCCUGGACUUCAGCUACCACCACCAGCCAGAGAUGGAAGCGUUUCUGAAGAAUGUUGCCCAAAACUACAGUUCUAUCACUCACUUACACAGUAUCGGGAAAUCUGUGCAAGGCAGAAACCUGUGGGUUCUCGUCGUGGGACGCUCUCCAAAGGAACACAGAAUCGGGAUUCCGGAAUUCAAGUACGUGGCAAAUAUGCAUGGAGAUGAGGCUGUAGGGCGGGAACUGCUGCUCCAUUUAAUUGAAUAUCUUGUAACCAGAGAUGGAAGUGACCCUGAAAUCACAAAUCUAAUCAACAGUACCCGGAUACACAUCAUGCCCUCAAUGAACCCAGAUGGAUUCGAAGCUGUUGUUAAGCCUGACUGUUUUUACAAUGAGGGCAGGGAUAAUAGUAACUUCUAUGACCUGAAUCGAAAUUUCCCUGAUGCUUUUGAGUUUAAUGAGGUACCAAGGCAGCCUGAGACCGUGGCAGUCAUGCAGUGGCUGAACACAGAGACCUUUGUCCUCUCUGCAAACCUCCAUGGCGGUGCCCUGGUGGCCAGUUACCCGUUUGAUAAUGGUGUUCCAGCCACUGGAACAUUAUACUCUCGGAGCUUAACCCCUGAUGAUGAUGUUUUUCAAUAUCUUGCAAAUACCUAUGCUUCACGGAAUCCUGACAUGAAAAGGAAUUCAUGUAGAAUUAAAACAGGGUUUUCUAAUGGAAUUAUAAACGGAUACUCCUGGUAUCCACUGAAAGGUGGAAUGCAAGAUUACAACUACAUCUGGGCCCAGUGUUUUGAAAUUACAUUGGAGCUGUCAUGCUGUAAAUAUCCUCGCAAGGAGAAGCUUCCAAGUUUCUGGAAGGAUAACAAAGACUCCCUGAUUGAAUAUAUAAAACAGGUGCACAUAGGUGUAAAGGGCAGAGUUUUUGAUCAGAAUAAGACUCCAUUAUCCAAUGUAACUGUAGAAGUCCAAGACAGAAAACAUAUCUGCCCCUAUAGAACCAACAGAUUUGGAGAGUAUUACCUCCUCCUCUUGCCUGGAUCCUAUGUAAUAGAGGUUACAGUCCCUGGACAUGACCCACAUCUCAUAGAGGUGACUAUUCCCCACAAAUCCCACAACUUCAGUGCUCUCAAAAAGGAUAUUUUACUUCCAUUCAGAGGGCAAUCGGAGCAUAUCUCAGAAUUAAAUCCUUUAUGUCCCAGGAUUCCUCUUUACAGGGAACUGGAAAGCCACUCAGCUGCAACAAAACCCAGUCUGUUCUUAUUUUUAGUGACUCUUUUUCACAUAUUAUUCAAAUAA